AUGACAUCAAAGCUGCCGCCCGACCUGCUGCGGCUGUUCACACCACGGCCGGCGCUGGAACAUGUCAAGCAGCUCGACUGCGCUCCCGAAGACAAGCCCAAGCCGAGAGCAACCGGAAUUGCUCAACACGUCGCAGAGCUACUCAGCUGCCCCAGAAGCGAACCCGUUGAGACCGUGCAGCAGCGCAAGGAUCGUCUCAAAAAGGAGCGUGCAAUCCAAGCGCGCGACAACAUAAUCCGCGGAGUGACAACUUGGGACCCCAGUCUCAAUCUGCAGGCGACUGAAGACCCAUACAAGACCAUUAUUGUAGCGCGUCUAAACUACGACGUGACCGAGGAGCUUUUGCGCGAGGAGUUUUCUAAAUUCGGCGUACUGGUCAGCGUUAAGAUGGUCAAUGAUAUGGAGGGUAACUUCCGCGGGUACGCGUUUAUUGAGUUUGAGCGCGAGGUCGAUAUGCGUGAGGCGUUCCGGACCGCCGACAGCAUGCGGAUUCUGGGUCGCCGCGUGGUGGUUGAUGUUGAGAGAGGCCGCACUGUUAAGGGCUGGGUGCCGCGUCGUUUCGGCGGUGGCCUGGGCGGCACGCACAGAGAGAGGGACAGAGACCGCCCUAGGGAUAGGGACCGCGACAGGGAAAGAGAUAGAGACAGAGACAGAGAUAGAGAUAGAGACAGAGACAGGGAUAGAGACAGGGAUAGAGAUAGAGACCGCCGCGACUACAGGAACAAGAGCCGCUCGCCGUCGUCCCGGCCACCCAGACGCGAUCGCUCGCAUGAGCGCGGAAGUGGAGGUGGUAGCUCUCACUACAGCCGCCGCUAUUGA